UUCAAGGCACCAAACAAACCUUUCACAUCAGACAGAGGUUCACCUGCACAUCCGUCAAUGUGGUCUACUGCAUCUGCUGCUCCCACUGUGCCCUCCUCUGUAUUACAGAGACCGAACAGAGGCCUGGAGACCACUUUCUUGAGCACUUGCACUCUGUUCGUGAUAAACAACACCUUCCGGUCAUCAAUCUCUGGUCUCGAACCACUCCCGCUCCCUGGGUGACGUGUCCAUUUUGGGCCUCCUCCAGUGUGACAUUGACGCUAUUCGGAUAACUGGAGAAGCAGCACCUCAUAUUCCGCCUUGGGAGCCGACAGCCCAAUGGCUUGAAUGUGGAUUUUACCAGUUUUAAAGUCUCCUCACCCCUGGCCUCAUCCGAUGACCAACCCUCCCUCUCAUCCCCACCUCCUUGACUUGACACGACCUGUCCAUCUUCUCUCCCACAUGUCCGCUCCACCCAUCUCACUGACCAAUCCCCACUACUCUCAUCUCACCUACCUUCCCCAGCCCCACCCCUCGUCUCUCUACAUAUUUCUGAGCUUCCAUCCCCCUCCCCCGCUUCUGAAGAAAGGUCAACUUUCCUGCUCCUCUGCUGUCUGACCUGCUGUGUUCCUCCAGCUCUGCGCUGUUAUCUCGUAAGCUGUUUAUUAGUUUUGGAGCAGACUGCUUGUUAACCUCUGCCACAGCCUUUGUAAGAAAAAAUACAGUGUAUUGUCUUACCCAUUUGCCUAUGUUUGUCCUCUGUCACACUAAAUCUUCCCCAUUUAUUCCCACUCCCCCCAAAAAAAGUGCCUUUUAAAUGUUAUAAUGCCUCUCCCAAUUAUUUUGACAGCACGUUCCAGACACCAUCCUCUGUGUGAAAAAGUUGUCUCUCAGGUCCCUUGUUAAUCUUUCCCCUCUCACCUCUAAUCCAUGUCCUCCAAUUUUGGAGCUCUCCUACCCUGGGAAAAAGACCUUAGCUAUGAUUUUAUAAGGCCAUCCAUCCCUCAGUCAAAUAAUUCUCCUUUUCUGUUUAAAGUCUGAUGAUAUUCAGGCCGUAAUGAUGAACGUGAUUUUCCUUGUUGGUUUCGGCGCCGAACUGUAAGUCCUGUCCUCCUUAUACCUUUGAAAUGUAAAUUAACAAGAUGAUUGUAUGGAAGAGCAGCAUAAAAAUUCAGAACAUUGUUCCUCAGAUGUUCCCCAAAGUUGUUAAAUCUAUCAAACUCUCUUCUCUUGGCUCUGCUGAAAUAUACCAAGGUGUAUAUACCAAGCAAAUAGAGACAGGUGAAACAAGGAUGCAGAUUUACUAUUUGAGAUGCUAUUGGUCCAGGAGCGUAUCUUGGUAAAUGGAGUGACAGAUUCACUUCCCUGCAAGACAUUAACUGAACCAAUUAGGUUGUUAGUAACAAAUUCAGCAAAUUUCCUGGUCACAUUUUCUGAGUUAAGCUCUGUAAAUUCAGAUUCAUUCAGCUCAAUCUCAGUAAUUGCCUUUUUUUUCUGUGCUGUCACUUUUGUUUCUGUUUUACAUCAGUGUUCCAGGAUAUUGAUCGGAAAGCGACGAUUUCCUGUCUGGAAACUGAAAUCACAGGUUCUGAUGGAUUAAUGUAAUUUGUUGCAACCUGUACAUCAUCAGAUUUCAAGAUGGAGGUAAAAAGCAUUAACAAUGCUGAGAAACUUAACACAUGUUCUAUGUGUGGACAAAGCUUCAUCCAAUCAUCUGGCCUGUGGAGUCACAAGUGCCAUCACACCCAGAAGAAACUGUGGAACUGUGGGGAAUGUGGGAAAGGAUUCAAUUACCCAUCCCAGCUGGAAAAGCAUCAGCGCAGUCACAAUGGAGAGAAGCCAUGGAAAUGUACAAACUGUGGGAAGGGAUUCAAUUACCCGUCUGAGUUGGAAAUUCAUUGGCGCACUCACACUGGAGAGAAGCUGUUCACCUGCUCUCAAUGUGGGAAGGCAUUAGCUCAUUUACAGAGUCUGCUGGUACACCAACGAGUUCACACUGGGGAAAGACCGUUCAACUGCUCUAGGUGUGGCAAGGGAUUCACUACAUCAUCCAGUCUGCUGAUACACCAGCGCAUUCACACUGGGGAGCGACCUUUUAAAUGUUCAGACUGUGGGAAGAGUUACCAAAGUUCCGGGGAGCUGAUGUCCCAUCAACGUGUUCACACUGAUGAGAGACCAUUCAGGUGCAGUCACUGUGGUACUGGAUUCAAGCGAUCAUCUCAACUCACUGUGCACCAGCGAGUUCACACUGGGGAGAGACCGUUCACCUGCUCGGAGUGCGGGAAGGGAUUCACUCAAACAUCUGACCUGCUGAAACACCAGCGAGUUCACACUGACAUGAGACCUUUUAAAUGCUCAAACUGUGAGAAGUGCUUCAAAAGACUGGGGGAUCUGAAGUCCCACCAACGUGUUCACACUGAUGACAGACCAUUCUGGUGUUCUCGCUGUGAGACUGGGUUCAGGCGAUCAUUUGACCUUGCUGUACACCAGCGAGUUCACACUGGGGAGAGACCAUUCAGCUGUUCUGAAUGUGGGAAGGGAUUCACCCAGUCAUCCAACCUUACUGCACACCAGCGAGUUCAUACUGGGGAAAGACCAUUCAUCUGCUUGGAAUGUGGGAAGGGAUUCACUCAGUCCUCCAAUCUCACAGUACACCAGCGGAGUCAUAAUGGGGAGAGGCCGUUCUCCUGCCCGGAGUGUGGGAAAGGAUUUGUUCGCUCAUCCAACCUGCUGAGACACCAGCGAGUUCACUCUGGAGAGAGGCCAUUCUGCUGCCCGAAGUGUGGGAAAGGAUUCAUUCACUCAGCCGAUAUGCUGAGACAUCAGCGAAUUCACACGGGGGAGAGACCAUUCUCCUGCCCAGAGUGUGGAAAGGGAUUCACUCGCUCAUCAGGGCUGCAGCAACACCAAAGGAUUCACACGGGGGAGAGGCCAUUCACCUGCUCCAGAUGUGAGAAGGGUUUCACUCAGUUUGCUGACUUGCAAAAACAUCAGCGAGUUCACACUGAGGAGAGACCUUUUCACUGUCUGGAAUGUGGGAAGUGCUUUAAAUAUUCUGGGGACCUAGUGCGCCAUCAACGUAUACACACUGAGGAGAAACCAUACCGGUGCUCUCACUGCGGCUCUGCAUUCAAACAGUCCGAGCAGCUGACCGUCCACCAGCGAGUGCACACUGGGGAGAGACCAUUCAGCUGCCCAGAGUGUGGGAAGGGGUUCACUCAGUCAUCUGCACUGCUGACACACCAGCGCAUUCACACUGGAGAGAAGCCAUUUGCCUGCUCCAUUUGUGGGAAGGCGUUCACUCAGUCAUCCACUCUGAGGUCGCACCAGCGAGUUCACACUGGGGAGAGACCAUUCAGCUGCCCUGAGUGUGGGAAGAGAUUCGUUCAGUUAUCUGCGUUGCUGGCACACCAGCGAGUUCACACUGGGGAGAGGCCGUUCUCUUGCUCCCAGUGCGAGAAAGCAUUCAAGACUUCAUCUACCCUCCUGAAACACCAGCGAGUUCACCAGUAACUGCAGCAAUCCAGUUUUGCAGUUUAUUUCACCAAGGGUUGAACUACAUUGACUGGGGCUGAUGUCAAUAACCUCCAGCCCAGCUGUUGGUGUUAAUACACUGGACUAAGUAAAAUAAAUCGACCUUUUGUUAAACCAGAGUCGUUUUAAGAUCUAAUUUGAAAUGUUCUCCCAAUAAAUGCAAGGAGCUGA